CACCAGAAACACAUUCUCGCGGUCAGGUUUGUCGACAAACAGCAAAGAUGUCUCGACUGCUCCUUCUUGCGUUCUUCCUGGCGACAAUCGCCGCGAUUGUGAGCGCCGAGUGCCCUGGCGGCUACACACAGCGAGAGAAUGGUGGCAACUGCUACAAGGUGUGGCAUGACUUUCACUGGUACCGCUACGCGAUGUCAGCGUGCGAAGACGAAGGCGGUUGGUUGGUCACUAUCCGAAACGCCGAAGACCAGGCCUGGGUCAACAACUUCUACAAACAACGCCAGGGGCACUGCCAUGAUGACUACUGGAUUGGGGCAAACGACUUGCAGGAUGAGGGGCAUUUCAGAUGGCUUCAAGAUAACAGUGACGUCACGUGGGCUGUUUGGAGAUGGGGCGAACCGAAUGACAGCAGUGGUGAAGAUUGCGUGAACAACAACUUGUAUUGGAAUGCGUGGAACGAUGCUGGCUACGAGUGGCAGACAUACUGCUUCGUCUGCGAAAUGUUCCCAAAAUCUUGUUAGAGACAUUCAACAGAAGAUAAAACCUGAUUUUUUUUUUCGAAAACGACGUCCAGCCAAGGGUUGCUUAA